UUGAAUUCAGGAUCUGUAGUAAAACCAUUUCGUCGCUGGCGGAGGGAAGUGCCGGAAAAUGGCGUUACUUCUACGGCAGCUCAGUCGCACCAAGAAUGUGGCAAAGAGGUCGACGAAGAAGUAUCUGGAGGAACCACUGUAUGUGAGGCUUUUUAAAGAUGGUGGCUCAGAGAAGAGCGUUCGGCUACAGUUGAAUGUUUUCCUCAAGAGUCGCAAGCGAGUUUUCAAAUGGGAGGUUGGAGAUACGCUCAAGAAGCUUCGCGAUAGGAAGCUGUAUUAUCCUGCUCUCAAGCUUUCAGAAACUAUGGCCAAAAGGAGCAUGAACAAAACAGUAAGUGAUCAAGCAAGACAUCUUGAUUUAUUAGGCAAGGCUCGAGGAAUUGCUGCCGCCGAGAGCUUCUUUGUUAGUCUUCCCGAAUCAUCAAAGAAUCAUCUUUGCUAUGGUUCUCUUCUCAACUGUUACUGCAAGGAAUUAAUGACUGAAAAAGCUGAAGCUAUCUUGGAGAAAAUGAAGGAACUCAACCUAACUGUGACCUCCAUGCCAUACAAUAGCCUUAUGACACUAUACACAAAAACUGGGCAGCCAGAAAAAGUUCGUGCAAUCAUACAGGAAAUGAAGGCGGCCAACGUAUUGUUUGAUACCUAUACAUAUAAUGUGUGGAUGAGGGCACUUGCUGCUUCAAAUGACAUCUCUGGUGUGGAAAGGGUUAUUGAUGAGAUGAAGAGGGACGGCAGAGCUGUGGGAGAUUGGACAACAUAUAGCAACUUAGCCUCAAUUUAUGUUGAUGCUCACAUGUUCGACAAGGCAGGCAACGCGCUGAAGGAAUUGGAGAAGAGAAACGCUUGUCGAGAUCUUUCUGCGUUCCAGUUCCUGAUUACGUUGCAUGGACAAAUGGGUAACCUGCUCGAAGUCUAUAGAGUUUGGCGCUCAUUAAGGUUAGCCUUUCCAAACACUGCAAAUAUAAGCUAUCUCAACAUGAUCCAAACUCUGAUAAAGUUGAAAGACUUACCUGGCGCAGAGAAAUGUUUCAAGGAAUGGGAAUCAGGAUGCUCAACUUAUGAUAUUAGGAUUGCAAAUGCUCUUAUAGGAGCUUAUGCCAAGGAGGGUUUGCUAGAGAAGGCUAUCGAACUCAAGGUUCGAGCCCGACAAAGAGGGGCUAAACCUAACGCGAAAACUUGGGAAAUUUUUAUGGAUUAUUAUCUCAAAAAUGGAGAAUUUAAACUGGCAGCUGAUUGUGUUGCCAAAGCAGUAUCCAAAGGUAGACUAGAUGAGGGGAAAUGGGUGCCAUCGCCUGAGGUUAUUAGAACAUUCAUGAGCCAUUACGAGCAAGAAAAAGAUGUUGAUGGUGCAGAGAGCUUUGUUGAAACAGUAAAGAAAAGUGUAGACAGUUUAGAAUCAGAGGUCUUUGAAUCAUUGAUAAGAACGUAUUCUGCAGCAGGAAGGAGAAGUUGUAUGAUGAGUCGUAGGUUGAAGAUGGAGAAUGUGGAGGUCAGUGAGGCCUGCAAGAAGCUGCUCGACGAAAUAUCGAUUGAAUGAGCGUUUGUUGAACAACAAAGUUUUAUGAUUUAGAGAAUUCCAAGGUUUGAGGAAUUGAAUUUUUCAGUGGUUAUUUGAUAUUAAGGACUUCCUCUUCUAUUUCAAUUUGAAUUUUUACCAUUUAGAGAAUUCCAAGCUCUGUUUCUGUAAGAUUUACAAUAAAUUAUUAUGAACAGAGAGGGAGAGAUGGAAGGCUGUGUUCCCAGUUCCAAUACAAACACUCAAAAAAACUGUCUUUUCUGCCUCAAAA